AUGGUAAUUUUUCUUAUUCAUUUUGCAGGCCAAAUAGAUCAAUCUACAAAAGCUCAGACACCAGAGGAAAUAUUUAAAGCUAAAGCAUCUCAUUAUGGUAUCAACAUCGUAACAAAAUCUGACAAAAUUAACCAAACUACUGCAAAAGUAUUUAGGAGAGUUGAAGAAGAAAAGAACAGGAAAGAAAUGGCUGAGGACACUAAUACUCAAAAUUUCAUGCAGAAAGCUUCAAAAUACGGCAUAAAAAUCGAGAACCCAAAGAAACGUUUGCAUUCAGAAUCUGAAAGUUCUGAAUCAUCAUCUUUAGAUAUAAAAGCUGUGAAUGGAUCGUCAAAGGUUGGCUUAGGCGAUUCAUUGGGCAAGGGAGAUCAUUUAGACUUCAAUAAAAACGUUCCUGUUUUAUCUGCAGAUAGAUGGAAAAAGACGUGGGGCAGUAAAGGAACGAUGAAUUUAGAAAUGGAAGUUUCUCAUGAAAAAAUUGCUGCAGAUUGUGAAGUAAAUGGUAUAGAAAACAGCCAUAUUUUAUACGCAUUAGAAUCCAAAAAGAAGAGCAAUUACGAACAGAUGUUAACUGCACUUAGGAGAACAAGUUAUGCUCAGGAAGUUGGUGAUAAUGAUGAUUUAUCUACGCCAGAGUUGCAGUCACCAAGAGAUGCAGCUGCACCAGAUGAUUGGGAGAAUUUCAAAGAUGGCAUUAUUAAGACUCCUGUCGUUGAGACUACACGAAGGUUGAGUCAAGAUACUGAUUCACCGUAUAUGUCAGAUGCACUUCAAGAUGAGGAGGUGAAUACAAGGACUAUUACAGAAGAUUCAGAUGAAAAAAUCUUUCAGAUUGCUAAUAAACUUGUACAAAAGGCAAUUUCUUCUGCAUUGCAAGAGUUAAGAGCAGAAGAUACUAUCGACAGAGUAAGGGAAAGACGACGUAAGAAGGCAAUGGAAUCGUCAUUGUAUUCGUGGACAUCAUCAGGUAGUGAUCCACUUGAAAGCGUGAACUUUGCAUCAGAGAGUAGUGGAAGUAGAAGUCAGACACCUCAGAGUGACUUGGAGGGUUAUCUUGCUGCCUCCAUACCAGAUGUUGAACAUGAUCAAAAUAAACAGUGUGAUGGCCAUUUUAAUAUCAUUGCGACAGACAGUUGGAGUUGCAUUGAUGAUUCUGAAAAUUUAAAUGAAAAACGUCCAUUACAUAUAGAUUUGAAAAAUAUAGAAAAUGAAACAAUAGAACUGAAUCCACAAUCACCAGAAUUUAAACCAAGUGGUUUUAACUAUGCCAAAAAUUUGGAGCAACAAGGUUCUUCAACAUCUUUGAAAGCAGACGUUCCUGAAUUUAUUCCCUCUGUGAUUCCAAUGUACGUGCCAAAGACGGGACAAAGCAAAAGCAAUGGAAAUGUUGAACAAAAUCUUUACCAUGAAUCAAUUGAUAUGAAAAAUUAUUACAAACAGAUGUAUUCAACUGGUCAGUGUGCAGAAACUCAGACAGACACGGCUGAGGUCAGUAAUGCCAUGACAAAUACAAAACGAGCGAAAGUUUGUGAUAAAUCUGUAGAGACAAAAACAUGUGAUGUACGAGAAAUUGUUGUAAACACUGUUGAAUCUAUGUUUGAUCAGCAAAGUGUUUUUUUCAUUGAUGAAAAUACAGAUGAAGUUGAUCAUGGUCAUUUGGAUGUUUGUGUUCAGACAGAGGAAAAUGAAAAUUCACUUAAAGAAAAAUUGAUAGAAGCACAGAGGCAGUUAUUGAGGACAAGGUAUUACGUCUGUAAUCAACAGCUUGAACAAGAGAUACAGCAUAUCAGGAGUUCAAAGUACCAGAUGUACUCUGUUUUCUCACAUUUGGAGGACCGGACCAAAGUAGCUGAUGUCGUGGAGACUAGAAUAUUGUACAUAAAGGCGGAGAUACACAGGUUACAGAACAAACUUGCUCAGUAUGAGAAGGUAUUAGAUGAGAAAAUCCUGUUUGAACCAGUACCAGACUUUGGAAUAUCGUUGGAUAUGGACUCUAUGAUAACAUCUCUGGUCAAAACAGACUCUAAAGAAGUGCAGACUGAAAAGAUGCUGUCAAAAGAGAGUACGUCAAACAAUGAACAUCAAUCAAGAUUUCUCUCUGAGGCAAUGAGAAAGGUUCUGCUCAAAGUAGAUGGUAAUUUUGAUGUGUCUAAAGAUUUGGUCACUGUGAUUAAGGAAAUGGUCAGCACCAUCGGCCGAUUGGCUGACUGUGUACAAGAACAUACUGUUAUUGGUAAAGAAAAUAUGGUAGAGACUUUGAGUACCAUGAAGAAAAUUGUGAGAGAAGUUUCAUCUACUGCUAGAAAAGCAGAAUCUGAAAUUAUAAAUUUGAAUAGUUCUAGUCAGACCUCCUUGGCAAAAGAGGCUUUGAAAGAUAGCAGUGUAAUCAACAGGUUACCUGAAAAUUCUGUUUCCGUUGAGAAAUUAGAUGAUAAAGGUAUUUCUAGAGAUAAUUCAGAAGAAAGAAAAGAAAAUAUCGAUGUCAAGGACAAAACAAAGGGUAAGAAAGGAAAGAAAAGUAAGAAAAAGAAGUCGGAAAAAGAAAGUACAGAAUCCAAUCAUGUUAUGGAAGUAAAGACAGAAGAAAGUAUUGCACAGGAGAAUGAGGAAUUUAACAAUGGAGAAAUAAAUUCUGAGAGAACACCAAAAUCGGUAAAAUUGUCAGGGAUGUUAGUAAAAACGUCAGCUUCCCGAGAGAAGCUUGAGGUGAAACUUGAUAAAAAUGUGGAAUUUGACAAAGAAAAUAACUUGUUGACAGAACAGAAUGAAAGUGAAAUGUCUGCAAUACGAAAUGCAGGUGAAGAAUAUACAGUGAAAAAGGAAAGCAAGUUGUCUACAUUAAAAAAGGAUAGCAAUAUUUCUACAGUAAAAAACAAUGACAAUGCAUCUACAUUAAAAAAUGAAAAUCCAGACAUUGGUAGUGCACAGAUAACUGAAAUUAAGAAUUCUUUAGAAGAAAUUGACGAUGAUGAAAUAGAUUUUGAUGUUGAGAUGAGCAAGUCCUAUCAUUCUGCCAGUAGUGAGUAUGUUUCUGCAACCUCACAGCAGACGUCACAGUGUCAUACUCCCGUUUUACUGUCAGCUUCCGAGGAAAAUCAGUUCUUCAUCGCAAACAAAAGUUCUAGUCAGGAAUCUGUGGAGAAACAAGCUGAAAAAUUAACUUGUAAUGAUUCUGCAUCCACAAUGAAUUCUAGCAGUGCUCAGCAGCAAACCAGUGCAAUUAUUGAUUCUAGUCAUAAAAACAAUGAACAGUUUACAGAAGAGAAAAGUGAAGUGCCUUAUUUGAACACUAAUGCAAUUGGAGUGUCAACUAGUGCUAAUGGUACUGUACCUCAGGAAGAAAGUGCAAUAGCAUCUCAGUGUCAAGGUCAUCUGGAGUCUAAAGGUCAGCCUGAUCUUUCUUGUCAAAAUCAAAGUGGACUUUUGUCUCAGGUGACUAGUAACUCAUUGUAUGAGGCUGUUGUUCAGCAAUUAAAGCAAGUGUAUCCACAUUUAGCCAGUAACCCAGUCAUGCUGAAUAUGAUAGCUGUUCAGCAGACGUCAGUUUUACAAAUGUAUCUUGGAAAGUCAGAUGGGGAUGGAUUGGCCAAUCAAAUGCAGGCUUUUGGAAUGGAAACUGCUGGAUCAGCCAAUGCAACAAGUGCUUUGGAAAUGACGGGUGAUGCCAUGCCCAGUCAGAUUCAAGGACCAGACAUGCCUAAUAUUAUGACAAAUCAGUCAAAUUUAAAUAUUCAGCCAAAAAAUCUGAAUUUUUCUAGUCAAGCUGAACACAGCAAAAGUGAUGCUGCUCUUGGCAAUCAGAACAAACCAAUGAAAUCCUCUAUUACAAGUUCUGAUCAUAAUCUGCCUAGCAAAACAUCUGUAGCAAGUUCUAAUAAUAAUCUAUCAAUGAAAUCAUUUGUUAACAGUUCAGGUGACCAAUCUCUGCCAAUGAAACCAUUAACACCCUCUGAAAAUAAAAUGAAAACCGUGUUACAAGGGGAUGGCUUUGAAAUUUUGAAAAAGCCUAGCGACAAAUCAGCAUCCAAUAUUAACAACUCUAAUUCAUUGGAAUUGAGGAUGGAAAAAUACUUGUGUUCACCAGAGGCAGAAACCAUGGUUACCAAAUCCAGUAUUAGUAAAUCGUUGAGUUCCUCGAUAAUUGAUGAUGCUACUAUUUCACCAAAAUCGUCAUCUGUCAGACCACCUGGUUUUGGUGGCAAGAAUGAUUUUUCUGUCGAAACUUCUUCAGACACUAUUCCUGCAAGUGGGUCUCCAACGUUAAUACCACCUGAUAGCUCUAGCUUCAAUGAAUGUACAGAAAGAAGGCAAAGUCCACAAUGUAUUAGAGACUUUGGGAAAACAGAAAUGAGCUCUAAUAUUUUAAGCGGUUUCAAUAAAGAAUCAACUAUCCAAAAACCCCUGGAAGUAACUGGCUCAGGUUUCACAUUCAGUAAAACUUUAUCCUACAAUCUACCUCAAUCGAAAACUGCUGAUUCGGCAACUUCAAAUGUUGCUGUGGAGCAGGGUAAGAAAGUGCCACUUCUGCCUGCACCAGAAAAAAAGCCACUACUUUUGGCAUUGCCCAUCCUGGAGAAGACUAAACAACUUUCUCAGACAAACACAGGAGGGAAAGAAACAUUUCAUGGAAAAUUAUCAGGAUUUGAUAGCAAUUCACCUAGUCCGACAGAGGCAGAGAAGAAAUGGCAGUUCUCAUCUGCUGGUCGACCAAAUUUACCACCAAGACUACAGAAGAAAAGACGAAGUUUUGAGAAUACCAAAGUGAAUCAUCAAUCAUUUUUAUCUGAACCAAGCUGGGAUGAUGAAGUUGAUGAUUAUGCUGAACCAUUUGUUCCAAAUUACGACCCCAGGAGGCCUAUAGAAUUUCACAUUCGUAAACAAUCUGUUGACACUUUAGAAGAAAUUACAUUACCAGAGAAAAGAAAAACAGAAGAUGUGAAAGUAGACGGAGAGAAAGGCAAACAGGAAGAGGAAGAAGACUGGUGUCAGGUGACCAAAAAGAAAAGAAAAGAAACAAAACCAUCAGAUAUUAAGAAACCAGCAGCAAGUAGGAUACGACACAAAUCUGCAGCAGAAAAGACAACCAAAAGUAACAACUUUGACAGACUAGUUCAGAUGUUAAUGGAAGUCUAUACAGGUCUUACAAGGCCACAAGUGAUGGAUGUUAUUCAAGAGGUACGAUUGGUCAGAGGUGGACUAAGUGGUCUGACUGUUAAAGAAAUCAUGGAGAUUGCCAGAACUGUUAUAAUUAGAAAAUAUGAACACAAAAUGACAAAUAAUCAGAGACCUAUGCAGGCAUCAGAUGUCAAAGGCAAGUCCUCAACAAUGACUGGCAGGAGGAAGGCAGAGCUUCAGAAUAUUGCUACUGGUCAUCCAUCCAAUCAGGUCACUAUGGAAACAGUGGAAGAGAGAGCCAAUCGGAUAAAAGUAUACAAUGCCAUGAAGGCCAAGCAAGCUUUGAAUACAUCAGUAAAAUCAAAUGACGAUGAAGAUGACAUCUGUGUGAUUUGCCAUGAUGAGCUGUCAUAUGGAGAGACUAAGAUGUUAGACUGUAAACAUGAGUUUCAUACUGAGUGCAUUAGUAAGUGGGUAUAUGAAAGAGAAAGAACCUGCCCAACAUGUCGAGGGCAUGCCUUGUUUGAAGAUGACUUUCCCAAGCUGGGAACCUAAAAAAAGAGUAUGAACUGCUGAAGAGGAGCUGAUUUGAAAGGUCAAGUAAAGAAUCCCACUAGUGCUGAAAGUUCGUGCAAUAUGGUGUUUGAUGAUGAAAUUUGUCUGAAGACUGUCGCUUAGAUGUAUUGUCAUAUUAAUGUUUUGAAAUGUUAACCAUGGUCUGUCAGUUUUUAAAAAUGUAGAAUGUUACUGGUAAAGGUUUAAACAGUUUCCAACUGAUGAAGAAUUGUGCAUGAUGUAGAGAGUAAAAGUUUAAAAGAUCUCUUAUCCACUGAUAUAUAAUUAUGCAGAAAUAAUGUCAAUACAAUUUAAAGAUUCUUGUUCUCUCUUCUCCAAUA